AUGACUGUUGAUUCUGAAAAUGAACUUCGUGAGUAUUCAAUUGUGGAGAGAAGAUUGGAAGUAAACGACGUAGCUGGAAUACCUUUGUCAAAAACAUUUCAAUCUAUUGUGGUUGAAGCUGGAGGAUAUGAGAAUUUGAACUUUGAUGAGAGAAGUUGUAGAAAUUUUAUUUCGAAAGCUAGAAGGUUGAGGUUAGGAAAUGGUGAUGCCGAAGCUUUUUGUCAAUAUUUCAACCGAAUGCAAAGUAGAUGUUUAAAUUUUUAUUAUCUUUAUGAUCUAGACGAGGAAUCCCGGAUAAAGAAUGUAUUUUGGGCUGAUGGUAGAUGUAGGGCUGCUUAUGAGUAUUUUUCGGAUGUCAUAACUUUUGACACAACAUAUUUGACAAACCGCUAUGACAUGCCUUUUGCUCCCUUUGUCGGGGUUAAUCAUCAUGGACAAUCUAUUUUGCUCGGAUGUGGCUUACUAUCUAGUGAGGAUUCUGAGUCAUUUAUUUGGCUUUUCAAAGCCUGGUUGUCAUGUAUGCACGGACGUGCUCCAAAGGCAAUAAUCACUAACCAAUGUCGAUCAAUGACCAUUGCUAUUGAAAAAGUAUUUCCAAACACCAAUCAUCGUUUUUGUCUUUGGCAUAUCAUGAAGAAACUCCCUACAAAGUUGGCUGCUCACGCUCAGUAUAAAAGUAUAAAAAAAGCAUUGAAGAACAUUGUCUAUAACUCAAUCACAAUUGAGCAGUGUGAAAGGAAUUGGAUGAAAAUGAUAGAGAAGUUUGAAUUGGAGGAUAAUGAUUGGUUGAACUCUUUGCACGUACAACGAUCUAAAUGGAUUCUUGUGUAUGUUAAAUGUCACUUCUGGGCAGGCAUGUCAACAUCGCAAAGAAGUGAAAGUAUGAAUGCAUUUUGUGAUGACUUUGUUCAUUCGAAAACAACCUUAAAACAGUUUGUUGAGCAAUAUGAUAGGGCACUAAAGAAAAAUAUAGAGAAGGAAAAGAAACUGGAUUUUCAGUCUUUUAAUUCCACCAUUCCAAUUGUUAGUGGUUAUUCUUUGGAAAGACAAUUUCAAAGUGUAUAUACUAACGACAUUUUUAAGUUGUUUCAGAAUGAAGUGACAUGA